GUUUCUUCCGGGGCUGGUUGUGUCGGCGUCGUUGGAAGCAAAUCGUAGACCAGUACAUCAAGAGCCCGCACGCUGAAAGCAUGAGGAAGAGGAACAGCCUGGUAUUCAAGAUGGUGGAAGCUGAAGAAGAAUAUCUCGAGCAGAUGGAAAUUUUAGUGACAUGCUUCCUCCGGCCCUUCAAGAUGGCGGCCAGCUCUAAGAAGCCUCCGUGCACGCAUGAGGAUGUCAACUCGAUAUUCCUGAACAGCGAAACAGUUCUGUUCCUUCAUCAGAUCUUCUUUAAGGGACUUACAUCCAGAAUGGAAUCCUGGCCUACUUUAGUGCUAGGAGAUCUAUUUGACAUGCUGCUGCCGAUGCUGACCAUCUACCAGGAGUACGUCCGCAACCACCACUACUCGCUGCAGGUGCUCACAGAGUGCAAGCAAAGCCAGCCCUUCGCACACCUGCUGGCGCGUCUCGAGAGCAAACCUGCCUGCCAGAGUCGAUCCCUUGAAACCUUCCUCACCUACCCAAUGCAUCAGAUUCCGCGCUAUAUUAUAACGCUGCACGAGCUACUGGCGCACACACCGCACGACCACGUGGAGCGGCGCAGCUUGCAGCACGCGCGGGCUCAGCUGGAAGAGCUAUCGCGACAGAUGCACGAUGAGGUCAGCGAAACGGAGAACUUGCGGAAGAAUCUCGCAGUAGAGCGCAUGAUUAUUGAGGGCUGUGACAUCCUGCUCGAUGUCAACCAGGUCUUCAUACGCCAAGGCACAUUAUCCCAAGUGGUGGGCAAGGGCCGUCGUGCGUCUUUGCAAGCUCGACAAGCGUUCUUGUUCAGCAACCAUCUCCUGCUGACGACGCGGGCCACUGGCGGCCGACUGCACCUGCCGCCCAAUGGACGUCUACCACUGCACGAUGCUCUCUUAGUCGAGGAUCCCUCUAGUCAUGAUGAUGAUGAUUCAACAUCAGUGUGCUCAUCUCCGGGCGGCGAUCCUUACCAGGGUAAAGACUUCAAAAUACUGGUCGAAGUUAAGGGCGAGCAGAUCUGCGCUCAUUUGGUGGCAGCGACCCUGGAGGAGAAGGCGGCCUGGACGAGUGAAGUGGCGCAAUGCAUGGAGAGUGCGGCACUGACGGAAUUGCUGCGCGCCUGCGGCUCUUGCGCGGCCUCCGCCAGCCUGCCCGCCUGCCGCUCCGACCGCGCUCUCUUCACUGACGACGUCGACAUACGCUUCAGUAGGACCCUCAACUCCUGCAAAGUGCCGCAGAUCAGAUCCGCCACACCCCAACGACUGCUGCAACGGCUUACAGACCUACGCUUCCUCUCAGUGGACUUCUUGAACACGUUCUUGCUGACAUACCGCGUGUUUACUGACGGGGUGACAGUCCUUGAGGCGCUCAAGCAGGUGUUCUACGAACAAUCGCAGCAGGAGAUGGAAUUAGCGCCCCCACCUGACACCGCCAGGAAGACCAGUGGGGCUAGCUCUGUAUCAGGUUAUGGAUCGGAAUACAGCGACCGCGACUGGCAAUCGAGGUUCUGGAAGGCUUCGAGGAAGAGUGAAGACGAAGAUAAACUGUCGCCGUAUUUAAUGGCACCUUCCAGGCGUACGUCAAAUGUUAGUAAGGUGGAAGAAGACAACAGUCAUUUGACUAUACCCAAGAUAAUGGCUACGUCAUCGAGCAAUGAAACUCUUAAAGGUACUUCACCAUCAUCACCUGGUGCGCUGAGUUCAGUCACAUUAGUGGGUAGUCCGAAGAAGAGUCCAGAAGAAGGGAAAGCAGAGAAGACUUCUCCUACCAAAGAUAAUGAUAAAGCAGCCGCGAUUAUGAAGGAUGAGAGCAUAGAGUUAGUUGAUCAGAGUGACGAAGAUAUAAAAUAUAAAGAAGAAGAACAGGAGAAAGACAAACAGAAGCCGAAAGAUGAGAAAUUCAAAAUAUCGCAAAGAUUCUCUGAGCGCGUACGUACCAUGACGGAGAGUCCGCGGCGGCUGUACGUACGCAGCGGGGCAGGGGCCGGGGCCGGUGCCAGUGGAUCGGCGCCGGGGGGCGUUGUCGGAGGCGAAGCUCGCAGGCGGUCCGACGGCGCGCGCGAGCUUCCCGCCCCCGCUACGCCGGAGCCCCGCCGCGCCUCAGACUCCAACGCCGCUAGACUCCCGCGACGCUCAGUCAGUGAGAGACGAUGCACCAGUUCGUCAAUAAACAGCGACCGCCGACGCUACUUCGGAAGCUCGGAGCCGCGGUCUUCUGUUACGUCACAAGUCUCCCAAAUGGCUCAGAGCUACCGACGCGACACCAACCAACCUAAAGCCGGCGUUGUCAUCACUUCUUUCCGACAGUCGCAUAGAAGGAGCAGUACAUCGACAGCGGCGGUGGCUUUCGCUGUCGCAACUUCUGCGUCGUCCAACCCUCGCUCACCGCCGCCGACCUCUCCGCCGCACAACAGACGAGACUCUGUUAUAUCCACUGCUGCGACUAUGAGAGUUCUUAAUGUGUUGAGACAUUGGAUAUCGAAGCACUCCUCGGACUUCUGGUCUGAUGAGCGUCUGCGAGGGCUAACCAUGGAUUUCCUGAAGGAGAUCGAAGCGAGCCCGGGUCUGCUGCCAGCUGAGCACAAAGCGGCCGCCCAACUGUUGCGGUUACUGGAGCGUGCUCCAGACAGGGCGAUUGACUUGAAAGCUAUAUUCUUACCCCCACCGAUUCCAACAAAAGAAAGCAUCGAAACCCUAUCAGCGUUGGAGAUCGCGGAGCAAAUGACUUAUUUGGAUUACCAAAUAUUCAGUUCUAUUCAUAGCGAGGAGUUCCUGGGCCAAGCUUGGACGAAGGCGGACAAGGCUGAGCGCGCUCCUCACAUCCUGAUGAUGACGAGCCAUUUCAAUCACCUCUCCAAUCUCGUCAUCUCUGAGAUAUUGAAGAAAUUUACUUUGACAGGUCGUGUGACAGCGAUAGAGAAGUGGGCGGCGGUGGCGGACAUCGCGCGUUGUCUGCACAACUUCAACGGCGUGCUGCAAGUCUGCGCCGCGCUUUCCAACACCUCCAUCUACCGUCUCAAGAAGACAUGGGAGAAGGUCUCCAAGACGAGCAAACAAACAAUAGAGAAAAUGCAAACUAUUAUAUCAUCAGAGUGUAGAUUCAGGAUUCUCAGAGAUGCUCUGCACAGAUGUGACCCGCCCUGUAUUCCUUAUCUGGGCAUGUACCUCUCUGAUUUGUCAUUUAUUGAGGAAGGCACUUCCAAUUACACACCUGAUAAUCUACUUAAUUUCUCUAAAAUGAGAAUGAUAGCCCAUGUGAUUCGUGAAAUAAGAAACUUCCAGCAGACUCCGUACAAGAUAGAUCACAUUCCUAAGGUGUGUGACUUCCUGCUGGACCGGUCUCUGAUCAUUCCGGAAGAGCGCCAGUACACACUAUCUCUGGAGCUGGAGCCGCGUGCGGCGCGCGGCUCCGCGGGCGGGCUGGCCGGCGCGCCAACGGAGCCUGCCUCGCCCGCCGCGCAGCGCCGCCGCCGCGCCUCCCUCGCCGCGCUCGCGCCGCUGCGCGCGGAGCGGUAA